UACUCUACCUCGUAUACCCCUGGAAAAUUCGUCAUUGUUUGUCAUUUUGUGAAAAAAAUACUUGUCUAUCCGAAACGUUUGAUUCUAAAAAUCCAACAAUGCAUCGAGUACCGACUAUUAUUUCCCGAAACAUGGCAUGUAUGAGUAAUGUCAGAAUGUCUGGCGAACCUGGCAGUGGUGCUGGACUAGGAGGCGGCGGUGGCGGUGCCAUACGCUCAGCUGGUGGUUCCUUUGCUAAAAUGGAAGUUGCUCACGAGGAUCAGUACUUCUAUAAUCUGCAAAAACAACAGUUGGAAAAAUUACGUGAAUCAAUGCAUCAAGAGAUCUCUUUUCACGAAGAGCAAAUCAAGCGCCACCAGGAGGCAAUUAGUCGCCAAAAGAAGAGGAUCGAAGACAUGGAAAAGCGCGAAUAAGCAAUUAAGUUUACAGAAUCUAAAUUCUGUUUAAUUUACGAACAGAGCAAGUUUUUCAAUAUCAUUUUUUUAAUCAUGUUUCAGAAAACUGCUCGUUGGUUGUAGAAUAUAUAUAAACUUGUAUUGGCGCGCUUGUGUGAGUGCUUUUACUUCUUGUCAA